UCUAAUUCCACCAGUUCCAUAAUGAUCUUAAGCCCUUCAAAAAAGAAUGACACCCGCACCAAACAAACACAGCACGACAAAGAAAAGCAAAUAAAAAAAAAGGGUAGCAUCAAACAAAAUGGAAUCAGCAAUGAAUUACCAUAGUCAUCACUCAUAAGUCAUAACCGUACCUUCACAUCAUCACUCACCCAGCAAGUGUUCGACGAAAUUCCCCAACGAAAAAAGAAAAAUGGAAUCGAGCAUUCUAGAAUCCAUCGGCGUGGAGAUAAUCGGAGUCAUGUCACCAGUCUCCAUCUGCAUGUUUCUCGUCGUCCUCCUCGUCUACUCCCUCUCCUCGUCCUCCUCCCCUUCCUCAGCCGUCUCCGACAUCCGCACCGCCGCUAACCUCGUCUACGCCGAGAACCCCUCCGACACCGCCGCACAGAAGCUCGAGGGAGCACUCCUCAACGCCCUCGUAUUCGUCAUCCUUAUCGCCAUCGUCACCUUCCUCCUCCUCCUCCUGUACUACUACAACUGCACCUCCUUCCUCAAACACUACACGCGCUUCAGCGCCUUCUUCGUCCUCGGCUCCAUGGGCGGAUCAAUCUUCCUCUCACUCAUCCAGCGAUUCUCGAUCCCCGUCGAUUCCGUCACGUGCUUUAUCCUUCUCUUCAAUUUUACCGUCGUCGGGGUUCUCUCCGUUUUCGGCACCGGGAUUCCGAUAAUCGUUCGGCAGUCGUACAUGGUCUGUUUGGGGAUCAGUGUUGCUGCGUGGCUGACCAAGCUGCCCGAGUGGACCACCUGGGUUCUUCUGGUGGCUCUGGCGGUUUAUGAUCUUGUGGCGGUUUUGGCACCUGGUGGACCGUUGAAGAUGUUGGUUGAGUUGGCAUCCAGCCGGAAUGAGGAGCUUCCUGCUUUGAUUUAUGAGGCCCGGCCCACCACAGUGGCGCGGGCCGGGUCUCGCGGAGGGACUAGUUUGGGGCUUUUGGUGACUGGGGUUACAGCAGGCGAGCCGUCUUCAGCGCCGUCAUCGUCGUCGUCAUCGGCAAUUGAGCUUCAAGCUGUGUCUAGGGACAACAAAGAUAGGAAUGUGAAUGAUAAUUUGAAUGAGAAUAGGGAUUAUGGUGGGAAUGAGUACUCUGUUGUGGCAAUGGGUGGUUUUGGGGGUGAGAGGAGUCAGGGUGGGAGGAAUGACGAAGAGGAGAGAUCGCCAUUGGUUGGCAAUGGUGGCGGAGAGGGUGGGAUUGUUGAUGAGGAAAGGCAUGAAGGGAAUGAGAGCAGAGGUGGUGAUGUGGAGAUUGCUGAGAGGGGCAUUAAGCUUGGCCUUGGAGACUUUGUUUUCUACAGUGUUCUUGUUGGUAGAGCUGCAAUGUAUGAUCUCAUGACUGUGUAUGCUUGUUACCUUGCAAUUAUAUCAGGACUAGGCUGCACUCUUAUUCUGCUGUCGGUGUGCCGCCAAGCUCUGCCGGCGCUCCCAAUUUCGAUCACCUUGGGUGUUCUUUUCUAUUUCUUGACCAGAUUGCUGAUGGAACCCUUCAUUGUUGGGACUGCCACAAAUUUGAUGAUGUUUUAAACUGCAAUUAUGUUUAAUUUUUUUGUUUAAGAGAGACAGAAGCUAAAUGGUAGAUAUCAACUAAUGAUUUUCUAUAGGAAGUGAUUUUGUAUAUGGAGAGGUAGUGCUCCAUUGUGCUUAUCUACUUUGUAGUAACAUGCUUGUUCUUAUCAUGUUGCUUUGUGCAGAUAGUCUUGCAACUAAUGAUCAUCUGAUAUCAAGUUUA